GCCAUGGCGAGGGCCCGGCGCGGGGCCCGCCCCCACGGCGCCGGGAGUAGCGCGGGGCUGACUGACCAGCCCACGGGAUCCGAUCGACUGCGCGGUGGCGGCCUGCGCGAGGCGGAAGGUGGCCGUGUCAUUUCAUGUUCCCACGGUCCUGUGGGAACCCCAUUUUCUUCACAUCCCGGCCAUUCUGACAGGUCCUGGCACGUGGCUGGAAAGACGGGCAGGGAAUGUACCCUCAACAAGCUUGUCCUCUGGUGGAAGGCACAGGCUGGGACAAAAGUGCCCUUGGCAUCUGGUGUCCUGCCUCCGUCUGCCCGUGAAGCUGCUGUGGGGCAUUUGUGCCUGCAGGAGUCGGGACAUGCCGUGGUGACAGGAGAAUUCCGAGGCCAGCGGGAGCCACCUGCUUUCUGCAGCUUGAUCGCCUGGCUCCACUGAAGGGGAGGCCCUCCUGAAGACACAGUUGGCAGGGCCGCUGUGCCCUCAGUGCCCUGGCUGCUUGGAGAGCAUCACUCCUGGACACGGGGGGGCUGGGACCCCAGGACUCUGAGAACGCCCUGCCCUGGUCUCUGUGGCUGCUGAGCCCGCCCUCCGGCCACACCUCCUCAUUAGCAAUGAUGCACUGACCCUGGAAGACAGCCAGGAGGAGGGAGAAGGGAGGAAAGGCCACUCAUGGCUGCUUCCAGGCCCCACCCAGGCUCCUAGGCCUGGGAGGUGAGGGAGCUUCUACGGCUCCCAGAGGCCUCUACCCAUUCUCUUCUUGCUCGCCCAGGUGCCAGGAAGCUGCAACUUUGUUAUCUGGGUAAUUAGCUUCAGACCCUGGACUGAGGCUGGCCGGGUCCUGGGCUGCUUCCCACAGGCUGUGCACCCUGACCCCAAGAGGGAGGUGAGGCCCUGCCUGUUCAGCGGCUGAGGUGCCAGGGCUCCUGAGAGGCCGGCUGCUGGCACCAUUCCACGCUGUGUUUGCUGCCUGGGGCCUGCGCCCCUCAGGGCUGCCUGGGCCUGCUCACAGCGUGGGGCCUCCUGACCCAGCCUUGCCAGGGGCAGUGGGCACCAAGCGUUGGGGAGGGGAUGCCCCCGAGGGUGCCAGUCCAGCCAGCUGCCCCGCCCCUCAGGCCCAGCCUGGCCCCUGCACUCCCCCGUCUGGUGCCCCAAGUAGCCCCCCUGGCAGGCAGUCCCCGCCAUGGCCGAGCACCUGGAACUGCUGGCAGAAAUGCCCAUGGUGGGCAGGAUGAGCACGCAGGAGCGAUUGAAGCAUGCCCAGAAGCGACGUGCCCAGCAGGUGAAGAUGUGGGCCCAGGCUGAGAAGGAGGCCCAGGGCAAGAAGGGCCACAGGGAGCGGCUGCGGAAGGAGGCGGCCAGCGACAGGCCACAGAAGCGGGUCCUAUUCCCUCCCAGUGUUACCCUUCUGGAGGCUGCUGCCCGAAAUGACUUGGAGGAAGUCCGCUACUUCCUCGAGAGUGGGGUCAGCCCUGACCUGGCCAAUGAGGACGGCCUGACAGCCCUGCACCAGAGCUGCAUUGAUGACUUCCGGGAGAUGGUGCAGCAGCUCCUGGAGGCUGGGGCCAAGGUCAACGCCCGUGAUAGCGAGUCCUGGACACCCUUGCAUGCUGCGGCCACCUGUGGCCACCUGCAUCUGGUGGAGCUGCUCAUUGCCCGUGGGGCUGAUCUUUUGGCGGUCAACACAGAUGGGAACAUGCCCUAUGACCUGUGUGAGGAUGAACAGACACUGGACUGCCUGGAGACGGCCAUGGCCAACCGAGGCAUCACCCAGGACAGCAUCGAGGGGGCCCGGGCCUUGCCGGAGCUGCACAUGCUGGACGACAUCCGGAGCCUCCUGCAGGCAGGGGCCGACCUCGACGCCCCUCUGGACCACGGGGCCACGCUGCUACACAUUGCCGCUGCCAACGGGUUCAGUGAGGCGGCGGCCCUGCUGCUGGAACACCGGGCCAGCCUGAGCGCCAAGGACCACGACGGCUGGGAGCCGCUGCACGCUGCAGCCUACUGGGGCCAGGUGCACCUGGUGGAGCUGCUCGUGGCACACGGGGCCGACCUGAACGGGAAGUCCCUGAUGGAUGAGACUCCGCUUGACGUGUGCGGGGACGAGGAGGUGCGGGCCAAGCUGUUGGAGCUGAAACACAAGCACGACGCGCUCCUGCGCUCCCAGGGCCGCCAGCGCUCUCUGUUGCACCGCCGCACCUCGAGCGCGGGCAGCCGGGGGAAGGUGGUGCGGCGGGUGAGCCUGACCCAGCGCACCAGCCUGUACCGCAAGGAACACGCCCAGGAGGCCAUCGUGUGGCAACAGCCUCCGCCCGCCAGCCCGGAGCCGCCGGAGGAGGAUGAGGACGGUCUCACUGACGUGGAGCUUGGGCCACCGCCCCCGCAGGAGGAGGAUCCUGAGGUGGCCAGGCCGCACAACGGCCGAGUCGGGGCCCCCUCGGGGCGGCACCUGUAUUCCAAGCGGCUGGACCGGAGUGUCUCCUACCAGCUGAGCGCCCUGGAGAGCACCGCCCACGACGCUCUGGUCCAGGCCAAGGCUCACCACACCCUGGCAGAGCUCAAGCGCCAGCGAGCAGCCGCUAAGCUGCAGCGUUCCCCUCCCGAGGGGCCUGAGGCGCCUGAGUCCGGCCUGCCUGCGGACCCUGAGAACCCGCAGUCCGAGUGUGGCUCCAGCGCUGGCGAAGACCCACCCCUGCUCAAGCUCACAGCCCCCUCCGAGGAGGCCCCCGUGGAGAAGAGGCCGUGCUGCUUGCUUAUGUGAGGGCUGGAGCUCAGGGCGGCAAGGGUCCUGCGGC